AUGCGCUUGCAGGGCUCGCGGCCUGGAAAGAAUGUGCAGCUGACAGAGAACGAGAUCCGUGGUCUGUGCCUCAAAUCCCGGGAGAUUUUCCUGAGCCAGCCCAUCCUUCUGGAGCUCGAGGCGCCCCUCAAGAUCUGCGGUGACAUCCACGGCCAGUACUACGACCUUCUGCGGCUGUUCGAGUAUGGUGGCUUCCCUCCGGAGAGCAACUACCUCUUCCUGGGGGACUAUGUGGACCGGGGCAAACAGUCCUUGGAGACCAUCUGCCUGCUGCUGGCCUAUAAGAUCAAGUACCCCGAGAAUUUCUUCCUGCUCCGUGGGAACCACGAGUGUGCCAGCAUCAACCGCAUUUACGGCUUCUACGAUGAGUGCAAGAGACGCUACAACAUCAAGCUGUGGAAAACCUUCACCGACUGCUUCAACUGCCUGCCCAUCGCCGCCAUUGUGGAUGAGAAGAUCUUUUGCUGCCACGGAGGACUGUCCCCGGACCUGCAGUCCAUGGAGCAGAUCCGGCGUAUCAUGCGGCCCACGGACGUGCCUGACCAGGGCCUGCUGUGUGACCUGCUGUGGUCUGACCCAGACAAGGACGUGCAGGGUUGGGGCGAGAACGACCGUGGUGUCUCCUUUACUUUCGGAGCAGAGGUGGUGGUAGAAGAUGGUUACGAGUUCUUUGCCAAGCGGCAGCUGGUGACACUCUUCUCGGCUCCCAACUACUGUGGCGAGUUUGACAACGCUGGCGCCAUGAUGAGCGUGGAUGAGACCCUCAUGUGCUCCUUCCAGAUCCUCAAGCCCGCCGACAAGAACAAGGGGAAAUACGGGCAGUUCAGCGGCCUGAACCCUGGAGGCCGACCCAUCACCCCACCGCGCAAUUCCGCCAAAGCCAAGAAGUAGCCCUCGCGUGCCACCCCAGGGCCCCAGAUGAUGGAUUGAUUGUACAGGAAUCAUGCUGCCAUGGGGGCCGCGCCGGCCCCUCGGGCCCACCCCUCCCGGGGAACGUGGAGCCUUGGUGUCUUUUCUUUUUUAAUGAAUCAAUAGCAGCGUCCAAUCCCCCAGGGCUCCCCCUGCUGCACCUGCGUCGGCUGCAAGCGGGAUCCUGGGGCCGAGGCUGCAGCUCAGGGCAAUGGCAGGCCAGAUCGCCGGUCUCCAGCCUUGCUUGGCCUCAGGGCUGGCAGCCGGAUCUCGGGGCAACCCAUCUGGUCUCUUGAAUAAAGGUCAAAGCUGGAUUCUC